AAAAAAAAAAAAAAAAAAAAAAAUGCUGAAAUUGAAUCUCAGUGUCAAAGUCAAGUAAGAGAUCCAUUGAAUUUUUUUUUUUUCUUCUUCUUCUUCUUUCACUCUCCAUUCUCUCACAUCAAUCCGCGAUCAUGACUCAAAUUAGUGUCCUCAUGGUAGCGGAAAAACCCUCACUUGCCGAUGCUCUUAGUCGAUUGUUAGCACCAGGAGGUCACUUCAAAACACGAAAAGGGACUACACCAGUGCAUGAAUGGGAAGGUGUCUAUGAAUCACAACCAGCAAAAUACAAAUUCACCUCAGUAACAGGUCAUGUUUACAAUACGGACUUUACACAAGAAUACAAUUCAUGGGAGAUCGAUCCUCAGAAACUAUUUACGGCUCAAAUCAAAAAGGUGGAAGCUAAUCCCAAGAUGCGAAUAACUCAACAUUUACGGAACGAAGCCAAGCACAUCGACUAUUUGAUCUUGUGGUUGGAUUGUGAUUCUGAAGGUGAAAAUAUUUGUUUUGAAGUUAUUGGCAACUGUUUACCCUCUAUGAAGGUAUCAAAAAUGUCUCAUGUUUUGCGUGCAAGGUUUUCAGCAAUUACUCAACAAGACGUUCGACGAGCCAUGAAUCAUCUAGUGAAACCCAAUGAAAACGAAGCGAAAGCGGUGGAUGCUCGACAAGAAUUUGAUUUAAAAGUGGGCGUUGCUUUUACUCGAUUCCAAACUCGAUUUUUUCAAGGAAAAUAUGGUGAUUUAGAUUCAACAGUGAUAUCUUAUGGUCCAUGUCAAAGUCCCACUUUGGCCUUUUGUGUGGAACGUCAUGAUCGAAUUCAAAGCUUCCAACCUGAACCUUUUUGGACAAUUACUCCUACUAUCAUUCAAGCGGAUCUACCUGUCAAAUUGACAUGGAUGCGUGAACGACUUUUUGACAAGCAAGUGACCAGCGUAUUUAUGACCAAUGUGGAAGAAGCUCAAAAAUUAGGAGCAAAGGUUCUUCAAGUAUCUGUUACGAAAAAAUCAAAAGCCAGACCUCAUGCCUUGAAUACUGUUGAAAUGCUCAAACAUGGAUCAUCAAAUCUUGGUAUUGGGCCUAGUGAAUGUAUGAGUAUUGCUGAACGUCUCUAUAUGCAAGGUUAUAUCUCUUAUCCUCGUACAGAAACAAGUCAAUAUCCACCGAACUUUGAUCUUCAUGAAGUAUUACGGGAACAAGCAAAGCAUCCACAGUGGGGUGAUUAUUGUCAAGAUUUAUUGAAAAAUGGAUUUGAUCGACCAAGUGGCGGUACCGAUGUAGGUGACCAUCCUCCAAUUACACCUAUGCGGGUAGCAGAUGAAAGUGAACUUUUUGGUGAUACUUGGAGACUGUAUGACUUUAUUGCUAGAAAUUUUAUUGGAUCCAUUAGUCAAAAUUUGAAAUAUACAUCCACUCAUGUUGUUCUCGCCAUUGGUGAAGAAAAGUUUGAAUGCAAAGGUUCCCAAGUUACUUCUCCUGGAUUUACAUCUGUGAUGCACUGGGUUAACAAAACUGAUGAAUAUAUACCAGAGUUCAAGCAAGGUCAAGUAGUAACUGUCAAAUCUGUACAAAUGAAUGAAGGCAAGACGAGUCCACCUGACUAUUUGACAGAAUCAGAAUUGAUUGGAUUAAUGGAACAAAAUGGCAUUGGAACCGACGCUUCUAUAUCAACUCAUAUCAACAAUAUCUGUCAAAGAAACUAUGUCCAAGUCAGUGGUUCUGGUCGAAAGAUGAUACCUACCAAUCUUGGUAUUGUUUUAAUUCAUGGAUAUCAGAAAAUUGAUACAGAUUUAUCACUCCCAAGAAUGCGAUCUGAUAUGGAACAACAACUUAGUUUGAUUGCGUCAGGAAAAGCUGGACACAAAGAGGUGCUCGAUUACUUUUUGCGACUCUUUGAACUUAAAUUUGCCUACUUCGUAAAGCAUAUCUCGUCUAUGGAUGAAUUAUUUGAAGCAACAUUUUCACCUUUGGCUGCCACUGGACGACCCUUAUCGAAAUGCGGGAAAUGUAAACGUUAUAUGAAGUACAUCUCUCUCAAACCAAACCGAUUGCAUUGUUCAACAUGUGAUGAAACAUAUUCCUUACCUCUCAACGGUACAAUCAAACUUUAUAGGGAAUUGACUUGUCCAUUAGAUGAUUUUGAAUUGGUUUUGUAUUCGACAGGAUCUAAAGGUACCGGUUAUCCUCUUUGCCCUUACUGUUACAAUCACCCUCCUUUUGAAAAUGUCAAGAAGCACAUGGCAUGUAAUCAUUGUCCUCAUCCUACAUGCACUCACUCUAUGGUCAAGAAUGCUGUCUGUUCUUGUCCUGAAUCUGAACGACCUGAAGAUCCUUGUCCUGGGAGUUUAGUAUUAGAUGCCACUUCAGCACCUCGAUGGAAAUUAAGUUGUAAUGAAUGCAAUAUCGUUUCUUCCUUUGUGGAUACUAUCAAAAAUGUUUUAUUGAUGAAUGAAAUGUGCGAAUGUGGUACUGUGAUACUCAAGGCUGAAUUUCGAGAAAAUCAAAAUCGUGAACCUCUCACAGGUUGUAUUCUUUGUGAUGAUGAUAUCGAUGCUUUAUUAACAACUAGGCAAAAAAGGUGGACGAAAGAAAAGAAAAUGGGUAGAUCCAAAGAUCAGAAAGUUGUAUGCCGAUAUGCGAUAGGUGGAUGAAGACUUUUCUACCUUGGUGAUCCUAUUGAAAUACCGCUUAGUAUAUAUUUGUAUGUAAUUUGUUUAGUUUUCCUCUUCUUUAUUUUUAUUUUUUUAAUUAUUUGAUUCAUUGUAGCAUAGACCUUCCCUUCCUUUAUUAUGAAACUCUUCCUUCUCUCUCUUGUCAUUCUUCUGU